UUAGGGUUAGGGUUAGGGUUAGGGAUUCGCCUGCCCAUGAGGGCAAAGCUCUCCUUCGUCCCCUUUUUUCGUUCUUCCUCAUGAUCUCCUCCUCGCUUUCCCCUUUCCCUUCCUCCAUGGCCUCCUCCUCCUCCUCUCCUCCGCCCUCCCCCUCCGACCCAGACUACCCCGCCGCUUGGUACGGCAACAUCCAGUACCUUCUCAAUAUCUCCGCUGCCGGCGCCGCCUCCUGCCUCCUCCUCUUCCUCUUCGUCAAGCUCCGCAGCGACCAUCGCCGCUUCCCCGGCCCCUCCGCCCUUGCUGCCAAGCUCCUCGCCGUCUACCACUCCACCGCCGCCCAGAUCGCCCUCCACUGCGGCGCCGACGCCGCCCAGUUCCUCGUCAUCGAGCGCGCCAGCUUCGCCGUCCUCCUCGCCGUCGCCUUCGUUGCCCUCGCUGCCGCCCUCCCUCUCAACCUCUGCGCCGGCUCCGCCCCUCUCGCCGACCAGUUCGCCCGUACCACCAUCAGCCACAUACCCCGCGGCUCGUCCCUCCUCUGGGUCCACUUCCUCCUUAUGGUCCUCAUCGCUGUCCUUGCCCACUUCGGCAUCUCCAAGAUGGAGGACGACCUCCGGAUCACCCGCUUCCGGGAUGGGAAUGGUAACCCUAGCGAUUCCAAUGCCAAUUCCGUCGCAAUUUUCACCGUCAUGGUUCAGGGGAUACCCAAAAAUCUUGCUGCCGAUAAGGCCCCGCUGGAGGAGUACUUCCAGCACAGAUAUCCCGGCAAGGUCUACAGGGUCAUCGUGCCAUUCGAUCUCUGCUCCCUGGAGUACCUUGCAUCCAAGUGGAUAAAGGUCCAGAACGACAUAUCUUGGUUGGAAGCUCGGAUGGAUGCGCGAAACCUCGUUGAUGGUGGUGAUGGUGCCGGUGAUCUUGGAGAGCACUGGCUUUGGAGGAGAGCGAAAGAGAUAUGGGACGAUAUUGCCACAAAAUUGGGUUUUACUGAUGAGGAGAGGUUGAGAAAGCUGUAUAAUUUGAGGUUGUUAUUGGAGAGUAAGCUGUCAGAAUACAGGGAAGGGCGUGCGCAGGGUGCUGGGAUUGCUUUUGUGAUCUUUAAAGAUGUUUACACCACCAACAAGGCCGUGAGGGACUUCAAGAGUGAAAGGAAGAAGAGGCCCAUAGGGAGGUUCUUCCCUCUGAUGGAGCUUCAGCUUGGGCGGAGCCGAUGGAGGGUGGAGCGGGCCCCUCCGGCAGCUGACAUCUACUGGAACCACUUGGGCUUGAACAAACUCUCAUUACGGUUUCGACGGGUGGCUGUAAACACUUGCCUUCUUCUACUGCUGCUGUUCUGCAGUUCACCUCUCGCGAUCAUCAGCGCAAUGAAGAGUGCUGCACGGAUCAUUAAUGCAGAAGCUAUGGAUAAUGCUCAGCAUUGGCUGACUUGGCUUCAGGGCUCGAGCUGGUUUGCGGCUGUAAUUCUCCAGUUCCUGCCUAAUGUCCUUAUAUUUGUGAGCAUGUACAUUAUUAUCCCAUCUGUGCUAUCUUACCUUUCCAAGUUUGAAUGCCAUAUCACGGUAUCAGGGGAGCAAAGAGCUUCAUUACUAAAGAUGGUUUGCUUCUUUCUGGUAAAUCUCAUCCUUCUGCGAGCUCUGGUCGAGUCAUCACUUGAGGGUGCUAUAUUACAGAUGGGGAGGUGUUACUUGGAUGGCGAAGACUGUAAACGGAUAGAACAGUACAUGAGUGCUUCUUUCCUAUCCAGAUCAUGCCUCUCAUCUCUUGCAUUUCUAAUCACAAGCACCUUUUUAGGGAUUUCAUUUGAUCUGUUGGCUCCGAUACCGUGGAUAAAAAAUAUGUUAAAGAAGUUUCGGAAAAAUGACAUGAUACAGUUGGUUCCAGAACAGACUGAGGAUUACCCUUUGGAGCAGAACAAUGAAGAAAAUAAUCUACGGAUGCCUCUCGUAUCUGAGAGAGAAGACAGCUCCGAUUUGAAUGGUGUGGAAGCACAUGAUCUGUCAAUAUACCCGAUAAGCCGGAGCUUCCAUGCUCCAAAGCAGACAUUUGACUUUGCGCAAUACUAUGCAUUUAACCUCACAAUAUUCGCGCUCACCAUGAUCUAUUCUCUGUUUGCUCCACUUGUGGUUCCUGUGGGUGCUAUUUACUUUGGUUAUCGGUAUGUAGUGGACAAGUACAACUUCUUGUUCGUGUACAGAGUUCGAGGCUUCCCUGCUGGUAAUGAUGGGAAGCUAAUGGACAGGGUGUUGUGCAUCAUGCAUUUCUGUGUGGUCUUGUUUCUUCUGUCAAUGCUAUUGUACUUCUCAGUAAAGGGUGACCCUACGAAGCUGCAGGCCAUUUUCACUCUUGGGUUGUUAUUGUUUUAUAAAGUGUUCCCUUCCAGAACUGACGUGCUGCAGCCAUCAAUUUUGGAAGGAAUGCAAACUGUUGAUAAUUUUGUAGAUGGCCCAACUGAUUAUGAGGUUUUCUCAAAACCUGACAUUGAUUGGAAUAUAUAUCAAUCAUGAUGAGGACUUCAAACUUCAUAUUUAUGCUUGUUGACAUUGUUGGGCAGUGGACAUGUUUAUUAGUGUGUAACUAGUUGUAUUAUGUGGUGGUUUAUAAUAUUUGGUUUCUAGAAUGCAGGCAUUCUUUUAUACAA